AAAUGACAACCUGCUUCACCGGCAGAUUUCUAGUUCAGAUAAACUCAGACAAACAUGAUGACCUAUAGCCCGGAAGUCAAAGCAUUAAAUCGCGUGUUGCAUCUAUUGUAAUCCCAUCUGGAGCAAAACUGAAAGCGAAACGUACGGUCUUUGCCCAGGAAGUUGCCGGAGAAGACGUCGUCGAUGACACCAGCCCUCGCACCGACGGCGAUUUUCAUGUUGUCGGCCUCCUCCUGUCCAAGCCGGUGCGCGUAAUCCCUGCCCUCCGCGUCCUUUGGCCUCCCACGACUACUGCUCCGAGAGUCUCUUGGGCUUCAACUCUUCGGACUUGUCGUCGCCGUCGUCGAUGCUCUGCGCUUGCGGAUAAGAAGAUUUGGAACAAGACAGGGCGAAUGCCGACGACGGCGGUGGAGUCUUGAUCGGAGGCAACGACGAGGGAUUGAAAUUGAAGAGUGAUGGUUUGUUGACGAGGAGGUUGCGGAGCGCCAUUUUCGUUGGCUGUUCUCUCACCCGGCCUUUUCUCUGUACUUUCCAAAGUCAAACUUGGUCGGUUCAAGAGAAAGGUCAAAUCUUGCUGAACCCCCCCUGUUCAACGGGAGAGAGUCCAAAAAAGGAAGUAUUCAAUCUCGUUCUGUUUCGAUUUGAAACGAGAUUAGCUUAUACUUUGUCCUUAGAUCGCGUUUCUCUGUUUCGUUUAGCUGAACUGCAUGCAAGCUAGGAACUUUAGCUCCAAGAGAAGGCUUCAAGAUUUUUACCCAGUUGGACGCUUAGUUGACCAAUCAUUUUGGGGAAUCAUAUCUGUGCUUAUAUAGUGAGUUGAAUUGUGGUAUAUGUUCUUUCAAGAUCUUUUUGAGCAAUUGAUGUUCUGAAGCACUUCUAAGUCUAGCAUAUUAUAUAAAAAUGGAUCGACCACCAGACGAACUCAAUAGCUUCAAUGAUGGGUAUGUACUCGAUGAUAGUGAUGGUGCAGCCUUUUCGAUCUUUCCAGAGGAUGAUCUUGUUAGUAGGCUAACGAUUGACGACAUGUUCAAUGACUUUACCUAUAGCCAUUCGUAUGCGCCUCCUUUGGGUGCUAACCUUGGGAAGGAACUGGCCGAGGACUAUGAUUUUGGUGAUGAAGCUCUCAAGUACAUAAACCAGAUGCUUAUGGAGGAAGACAUAGAAGAGAAGAGCAUCGUGUGUCAGAAGGCUUUGGCACUCGAGGCAGCUGAGAAAUCAUUCUAUGAGGUCAUUGGGGAAAGGUAUCCACCAGCUGCAGAUCAGCAUCCGUUACCUAAUCAAACCAACGAGAGCUUGUGUGGCAGUAGCGCUGGUGCAAUUAACUGGGUUGAGUGGGAGCCGCACUGUGGAUCACAAGAGCAUGCUGUCCACACCACAGUGUCUCAAUCUAUCUCGUCGUCAAUUGGGCAGUCAUUUGAUGGUGUCUUUGUUAGUAUCAGUACCACUGGACAUGCUGAAUCUCUGGCCAGCGACGUUGCUUGGCCUGAACUUGUUGGAAGUGAGUGUGUUAUACAGUUCAACGGCAAUGGUGAUGAAGCGGGAGAGUUGCUCAGUUUUGGAAAUGGAAUUCUAGUUGAUCCAGAGAGGGGUGAAUUUUCCAUUGAUGAACCAUCUGAAGAGGCUACAAGUUUGGUUCCAAAUCUAGAGAAUGAUGAGAACAUGUUUUUCGAUCUGGGACAAUACAGGGGAAAGAAAAAUCCUUUGCGGGAGGAUGUGAACUUAGAAGAAGGAAGGAUGAACAAGCAUUCAUCUGUUUACACCGAAUCAACUGUGAGGUCGGAGAUGUUUGAUAUAGUGUUGCUAAAUCGUAAAGGAAGCGAAGCUGCCCUUCGCGAAACUCUAUGGAAUGUGAUGAAGAAUGGCCGACUGAAAGCGCCGAAUGAGAGGAAGGCCCGUGGCAAGAAGCAAGGCAGGCGCAAGAAGGAUGUGGUUGACUUGAGAACUCUUUUGACACUUUGUGCACAAGCUGUUAAUAUGGGCGAUCAAGGAAGUGCAGGCGAGCUGCUCAAGCAGAUCAGAAGGCAUGCAUCUCCCACUGGGGACGGGAUGCAAAGGAUGGCACACUAUUUUGCAAAUGGCCUUGAGGCACGCCUCGCCGGGUCAGGCUCCCAGAUUUACAAGGCUCUCAUGGCUAGGCCGAUGUCGGUUGUUGACUUCUUGAAGGCUUAUCAUCUCCUUCUUGCAGCUUGUCCAUUUAUGAAGCUCUCGAAUUUCUUCUCGAACAAGACAAUAUUGGACGUGGCCAACAAGGCAGCCAAGUUGCACAUCGUUGAUUUCGGAACUCUCUAUGGUUUCCAAUGGCCUGGCCUCAUAGAGCAUCUCUCAUCAAGCCCCGGUGGACCACCGAAGCUUCAGAUUACUGGGAUUGAUCUGCCACAACCAGGAUUUAAACCAGCGGAAAUUGUUGAGGAAACCGGGAAACGCUUGGCGAGCUAUGCCAAAACUUUUAAUGUCCCCUUCAAGUUCAAUGCUAUAGCAAAGAAUUGGGAUACUAUUAAAGUCGAGGAGCUAAAUAUCCAGAGCGAUGAAAUCCUUGUCGUUACUAUUCACCAUAUACUCGAUGAAACAGUGAUGGCGGAGAGUCCACGAGAUGUUGUACUGAAUCUGAUCAGAAAGAUGAAUCCGGAUGUUUUUAUCCUGGGAGUCAAAAGUGGUGGCCAUGGUGUCCCCUUUUUCGCCUCCCGAUUCCGGGAGGCGCUCUUCCAUUAUUCGGCUAUCUUUGACAUGCUCGAGGCGACCGUGCCUCGUGACGCCCCGGAGAGGUUGCUGCUCGAGCAAGAGGUAGCCGGGAGGAAGGCGAUGAACGUAAUUGCCUGCGAAGGCUCAGAGAGGAUUGAGAGACCCGAGACGUACAAAAUGUCGCAUGUGCGAAACCUGAGGGCCGGGUUUAGGCAGCUACCUUUGGAUAAGGAUAGGGCGAGCUUGGCGAAGGACAGGCUGAAAUCUUACUAUCAUAAGGAUUUUGAGAUAGAAGAAGAUGGGCAGUGGCUAUUGCAGGGAUGGAAGGGCAGGAUUGUCUAUGCGCUGUCGACCUGGAGGCCUGACUGUUGAAUGUAGAAUUGCCUGUCGAAAGUAGACAAGGAAAGAUUUUGGCAUUUUGCUUGUUUGUUGGGCUUGUACUGUUUCUACUGCAGUGUCAAAAGGCAUUUCUAAAUACGAAAGUUUGGCUUGACAUGAGAGAAAUCCUGGAUUUGAAACCAGCUAUGGAGCAGGAGCGACUGGCAUCGGCGUCAUUCUUAACGAGAAUCAUAUCGGUGCGGUUUUCAUUUUAUCUUCAAGGUAAAGAUUACGCAAACUGGGAUGCUGUUGAUUUUGUAGAGAGAUUCAAUCUGGUUCCAUCGCGCUCCUGUUUCGGUCAGGGGGAUGAGAUUUUCAUGAGCUCAGAAUCACUCACAGAAAAUGUCUCUGCCUUGAGUUGCCCGUCUUGAGGUCCCAACCACUUUGCUUAUUUUCCGUUCAUUCAUUUUUAAUGCUGUCCUGUAUGCUUUCUAGUGGAUCCUAUUGUUAGACAAAAAGAUUCUAAUCAUGCAUUGAAGAACAGAAUUCAAGCAUUAAUUAUAAUACUAUGUGGAAAACAUGAUCAAAAAUAAAUUUGACCUCCA